UUAGAAAAUUGUAUAAAACUUGAAACACUUUCCCAUGAAAUACAUAAACUAACUUCCUUUUAUCUAAAGGAGAAGUGUCUUCCAUGAAAUGAUCAACAGCUCAUAAUAAAACCAAAAUGGUUUAUGAUAAAGAGUUUAUUUAUCCCAGGGCAACGUGAUAAGAUUGUCCUAAAACACUCAUAUACGUAGUUUGUUUUGCAAAUCCCUCACUUUUGGGUUCAUCUUGAGAGUCCCUUCAGCAGAGUGUGUUUCUUGUAGUUUCUUAAUAUUUCUGUGCCUUCCUUAACAUUGCCUGCGUCACUCGGAUUUUGACUUCUGACAGCUGGUCCCAUUCCAACGAACUUCAGAACAUGAAAGGCAUCAUAAGGGCCGGUCAGCUUCUGAGGGGUGCCGACUUGCUAGCCAGUUUCACUUUGUUGGCAUGGGGGAUGCCAUGUAGGCCAGGACCGUCACUGUUAAAUAUAGUUAUCCUUUCAGACAUUCUGUAAAAAGUUCACACCAAUACACUGAAAUAGAAAAGUAAAAGUGGUCUGUAUAAAGCCUAUUUCUAAAAACAAGGAAUAGGAGUUGAUCAAGAAAGGGCUGUCAAGCUUCUACCAUUUGAUUUCUGUUACAUUAUAGUUAUUCUCAUCUUAUAUUUAGCUCACUUAAAUCAGUAAAGUAUGUUAAUUUUCCUGUUGUGUUUGGGAUUUAGAUAAAAGCCAUUCACCGAUUAUAUACAACUUAACUAAUUUUCAAACCAUUUCAAAUUGAUUAACAGAACUUAUUAAAAUGUGUUUAACUGAAAAGGUUGUCAUUGUUCAUUCCCUGUCGACACAGGUUGUGAUGUUCCUCCAGUGUUGUCCACAUCAAUGUAGCUGAAUUCGAGACGAGUCACAUAGUGUGUAGGGUUUCGCAAACUGCUCCAACGCUUUUGAUGUGGCUAAUUUUAGGUGUAUAAUGGAAUAAUAUAGAUGUUCCGUGAGCGUGAGAUUCUGAAAGCGUGAGUGUCACGCCAGAUACGUAAAAGUUGGCAACGCUGAAGUAAGAAGCUGCACUGACAUUUCGGAUACCGGCGCUUGUCAAAUGUGGCGCGCCAUCCUUCUUCUAUUGGAUGGACGCUAACAACGGAGGUGGGCCCCGAAUCAGUCUCGCAUAAGAGUGAUGGGCCAGCGGACCAAUCACAGCAGCCCACCGGGCAGGUUGGGGCGGGUGAGAGAGAACGAAGGCGAAAGAGAGUGAGUGGAGAAACUGAGAGAAAAGCAGGCAGAACGGUAUACUUAUCACGUUACAGUAGGAACUGCCAGGUUUAAUAGACGUGCCCAUGCUGGAGUGGUUACACAAGUGAUUUUUUUUACUUUCGUAGGAGUAUACAUUUGUUUCGAAAAGAUCAAAACGGUUGACUCCAAAUCCUUCUGGAGCGGACAUUUUGGGUUGAGCGAGAAACUUGCAAGUAUUCGAGUAACUGGCAAUUCAAGAGAAAAUGGCGGGAUUAUAUGAUUAUAAAACAAUUCUCACUCCUGAAGACCACUGAUUAUUCAUGUCUACAAAAAUAAACUCUGUCCUUCCAUAUAAGAAGAUGGUUAUGUUAAAAAUAUUUCCGGAGAAGCAAUCUCAUUGUGAAGAGCACAAGUUCUGUAGGUUUUGCCUGUUAUGUGCCUGUCUGGCCACACUGUUGUUCGCUGUUGUGUAUCUUCAAAUAUUACUGGCCCCACCAUCUCCCACUGACCUGGAAGUGCAUGCCCACAACAUCUCAAUUGCCCAUGGCAGGACUUGUUCUGAUUCCUGCAGGGUUGUGUUGGUUGAAAGCAUUCCAGAGGGACUGGAGUUUAACUCCAGCAUCAACCCUUCCAUCUACCAGUCUUGGCUAAAUCUGAUUGGUGAGGCUCAGAGCAGCAUUGACAUCGCCUCUUUCUAUUGGACACUGACCAACAAAGACACUGGCACCCAUGAACCUACAGCCUAUCAGGGUGAGCAAAUUUUGAAAAAGCUGAUCCAUCUGGCAGGGAAGGAAAGUGAUGUGUCUGUUCGCAUUGCGGUCAAUGUCCCUGACAGGUCUCAGCCCAUCGAAGACCUGAACAUGUUAAUGCAAGCAGGAGCUGAAGUGAGGCAGGUGAAUAUGCGAAAUCUGACUACCGGUGUGCUGCACACAAAGUUCUGGGUGAUUGACAGGAAGCAUAUCUACCUUGGAAGCGCUAACAUGGACUGGCGGUCUCUGACUCAGGUGAAAGAGCUGGGAGUCGUCAUCUACAAUUGCAGCUGCUUGGCUGAAGAUUUGGGGAAAAUCUUUGAAGCGUAUUGGUACUUGGGUCAGGCUGGGAAAAACAUUCCUUCACAUUGGCCCGAUAGUUAUUCCACCUCAUACAACAAGACAUCACCCCUGGAACUGCCCCUGAAUGGAACCUCCUCAACUGCGUAUUUAUCGAGUUCUCCACCCUCACUGUGUGCUGAUGGAAGAACCCAGGAUUUGGAUGCCAUCCUUAGUGUCAUCGAUGAUGCUCAAGAAUUUGUCUACAUUGCUGUCAUGAACUACCUACCUAUAAUGGAAUAUUCUCGAUCAAAAAGAUACUGGUCAGAGAUUGACAAUCAGUUGCGACGGGUGGCGUAUGAGAGAGCGGUGCGUGUUCGCCUUCUGAUAAGCUGCUGGGGUAAUUCUUCACCUGCCAUGUUUCCCUUCCUGCUUUCAUUGGCUGCUGUUCGAUACCAAAAGAGUAAAGUGGAUAUCCAGGUGAAACUGUUUGUCGUGCCGUCCAGUCCCAGUCAAAAAGAAAUCCCAUAUGCAAGAGUCAACCACAACAAGUAUAUGGUCACAGACAAGGUGGCAUACAUUGGAACGUCAAACUGGUCAGGAGACUACUUUGUGAACACAGCAGGGUCAGCAUUAGUGGUGAAUCAGACUGCAGCCCAUUCAGCAGAAACUACGGUCCAAAGACAGCUCCAAGCUGUAUUUUUGAGAGACUGGCACUCGGUGUACAGCACGCCGUUAUAUCAGCACACUGACACGAGACACUUGUGUCACCGCUGAGUCAGAAGGGAAGGUGCUAAUGCAGGGAAGGUGCUAACGGCUUUAUUUUGUUUGGAAGAUGCUGUGGAAAGGGGUUAUUAAAUACCAAUUUGGUAAGAUUAUGAUUCGCCCCCAAGACAAAUUAAGGACAUUGCACAGUCAGUUCCACUGCUGAAAGAUAUUUAAGAUAGGAAUUAUUUUUCCUAACCAUGAUGAACUGUAACAUUUGUGAGAGUCAGGUGUUAUUCCCAAGAUGUGGUUGAACCAAAUGUACUGUAUUAGGGUUUUUUUGUGCCAACAUAAUCUCUUUUAUUUUUUGCACAACUUGGGCCAAGUGGUCAGAUCCUACUUUCUUAAACACGUACCAUUUAUCAGGAGAGUAAUCUCUUGAUUUGUACACAUUACUCCGAUGUCUUGUUGAUAAGUCUUGGACAGUCAGAAAAAGUCAUACUGUUACAAAUUGUUGUUUGGGUUAUGGUAUUGUUUGGCAAAUUGUGUGCAAAAAUAACCUGCUUUGGUGUGUUAAUGAUUACAAUGGCAUUAUCUAAAUUCCACUGAACUUCAGGAAUAAAUCAAGCAUAUUUGCCAAUUGUGUGGAAUAAAAUGUAUUUUAAAAACA